GGCCCCCUACGGAUGAAGGCAACAACCCCUUGAACAUCAGGACUGGGCUGAGAUCAACAUCCCUGAGGCAUGGCUCUGACACUCUGAUUCCUGGGCCCCAGCCAUGCUGCUAAGUGCGAGUGGCCCAGCCUACCACCAUCCCCCAUCCUCAGUAGCAGCCCCAGACACUGCCCAUCAAGCAGAAGGCUCUAGACUGCAGUAACCGAGUUGGUCAUCGGUGCUGGGAGCGAGGCCAUUACUUCUCCAGAGACCUCCGCUGGUUCUCUGUUGCCUACAGGAUAAAAUCCAGACUCCACAGUGAGGCCCCAGAACCCUCAUCGAGUCCACUAAGCAACUUGAUUCUUCAAGCAUGACCUGUAUCUCCAUGCCACUGUAUCAUUUCUUCAGGCCUCCAGGAUGGCCAUCCAGUUCCGUUCACUUUUCCCCUUGGCAUUGCCUGGAAUGUUAGCACUCCUCGGCUGGUGGUGGUUUUUCUCUCGUAAAAAGCAUGUCAGCAGCCAGGACAGACAGGUGGAGGCCAGCACUGUGGAGCUGAGGGCUGGCCACGCCAUCAAAGAGCCACUCCCCAUGGAGGACCCCCGUCCUGGAGUAGCAUCCACGCCCCCCAGCGUUGCGCUGCCCGCGGAAAAAGAGCUGUCCACCUUGAGCCAGCCUCCCGCCGAGCCCCUAGCCUUGCUGCGGGCACAUCCAGCCUGUCGCAGGUCGGAGUCCUCAGGCAGCCUUCCUAACAGCACAGACGUGAGAUUUCGACCGGGAACACGCAGAGAUGACAGUACAAAGGUAGAACUAGCCCUGACGGGUGAUGAAGAAGCCAAGUCCAUUCCUCCUGAGUGUCCCCUUCUGACCCCAAAAGGUGUUCCUUUCCCCCACGAAGCGGCCGAGGCGUGCAAGCAAGAGUCCCCGUUCAGUGGGCCGGCAGGGCGGGGCGGGCAGGGCCAGGCUGCGGCCCCCCAAGAGAAGCCAAGAGAGACGGGUGGGGCGGAAGGCACUGGCGACGCGGUGUCAGCAGAGAAUGUGCCGGAAGAGAGUGUGUUGUGCCAGGAGCGUGGCUCUGGAUCGCAGACCAGCAAGUUGCCCACCCUGGCUCCCUUGGGAGGUUCCGGGGAGAAGGGGAAGGGCCGCCCGCCACAGGCCGAGGAGGACGCAGCAGGGCAGCUGCUGAGCAGCCUCGUGGGGUCGGCUCACGUGGAGCUGACGGAGGACGGCGAGCCGCCGGUGCCUCGGGCCAGUGGCAGAGCCUGUGAUGCACACCGCACAGGAGAGCCGGGCACAGGGGGCGCCGCGGAGCAGAAUGAGAAGAUUGAGCAAGCUGCCUACCAGAUCAUCUCCAAAGUGAUCUUGGAGGCGACCGAAGAGGUGCUGGCCACCACCAUGGGCAGGAUCGCAGGUCGGGUGUAUCAGGCCUCGGCCGGGCAGCUGCACGGGCAGAAGGAGGGGAGCCGCGCCCCAGCCUGCCAGAAAACCGCCCCAGGGCGAGAGGCCGAGGAGCCGGCUCCGGCCGCCAUGGAGGCAGAGGCGGCCUCGCGCGUGUCCGUGUCAGAGUCAGACGCCACCCUCCUGUUGCCAGGCCCGCCCGCGGAGGACCUGCCACCACCAAAGACCUACGCGAGCUGCCUGAGCAGCCCUCUGUCCAGCCCCAGCAAGGAAAAGAAGCCAAAGAACUCUGCACACCACAUCUCCCUGGCCCCCUGCCCACUGCCCGCCAUCCCCCAGGGGGAGUUGCUAGAUGGGGCACGUGUCCUGGUGGAAGAUACCGGAUGUGUCACCUGCACCUCUGACAGCAGCCAGAAUGUCCCUUCAGUGGUCUCUGAGCAGUGCUCAGAUUCCAUCAGCGUUUCAGGGCUUGAAGACUUGUGCACGGACACCAACUCAAGCCCCAGGGACAAGGCCAUCACCCCGCUGCUGCCAGAAAGUACUGUGCCCUUCAGCAAUGGGGUGCUGAAGGGGGAGCUAUCUGACUUGGGGAAUGAGGAUGGAUGGACCGCGGAUGCGGAAGCAGAUCAUUCGGGAGCUGGUGUCUGUGUGUCUGUGUGUGCCGCUUCCUCCCCUGCAGGAUCGGACAGGAACAGCAUGGAUUCAGUGGAUGGUUGCUGUGGCCCCAGGAAGACUGACGGUUUCCAGAACGCCCAAGCGGGCUCCAGUCCUAAGAAGGUCGACCUCAUCAUCUGGGAGAUCGAGGUGCCAAAGCACUUAGUUGGUCGGCUAAUUGGCAAGCAGGGGCGGUAUGUGAGUUUUUUGAAGCAAACGUCUGGUGCCAAGAUCUACAUCUCAACCCUGCCUUAUACCCAGAACAUCCAGAUCUGCCACAUAGAAGGCUCUCAGCAUCAUGUAGACAAGGCGCUGAACCUGAUUGGAAAGAAGUUCAAGGAACUGAACCUCACCAAUAUCUACGCUCCCCCACUGCCGUCACUGGCACUGCCUUCUCUUCCGAUGACUUCCUGGCUCAUGCUCCCCGAUGGCAUCACUGUGGAGGUGAUCGUGGUCAACCAGGUCAACGCUGGGCACUUGUUCGUGCAGCAGCACACGCACCCCACCUUCCAUGCACUGCGGAGCCUGGACCAGCAGAUGUACCUGUGCUAUUCCCAGCCCGGGAUCCCCACCUUGCCCACCCCGGUGGAAAUCACGGUCAUCUGUGCUGCCCCCGGCGUGGACGGUGCCUGGUGGAGAGCCCAAGUGGUGGCCUCCUACGAGGAAAGCAAUGAAGUGGAGAUCCGCUACGUGGACUACGGUGGAUAUAAGAGAGUGAAAGUGGACGCGCUCCGGCAGAUCCGGUCCGACUUUGUGACCCUGCCAUUCCAGGGAGCAGAGGUCCUUCUGGACAGCGUGAUGCCCUUGUCAGACGAUGACCACUUCUCACCUGAGGCCGAUGCAGCUAUGAGCGAGAUGACGGGAAACACGGCACUGCUGGCUCAGGUGACAAGUUACAGUCCAACUGGCCUUCCUCUGAUUCAGCUAUGGAGUGUGGUUGGAAAUGAAGCGGUGUUGAUAAACCGGUCGCUGGUGGAGCGAGGACUUGCUCAGUGGGUAGACAGCUACUACGCAAGCCUCUGACCCCCGCCCCCCACGGCCUCGUCGGAGUCUCUUGCACUGGUGACGCUGGGCUUGGCGCUAAGGCAAAGACUUUACAUCAGAAUAACAAACGUUAUCUUCCCCGGAAAGUUCUCUUUUUUUUGUACUGUAGUCACGUUGACAAGGAGGGAACCGUGGGUUCUUUCAAAGCCAUAGGAUGGUGUUGAACGAGCCAGUUGGCUUAACCUGGUUCCAAGCCUUUACAAACAAAACAAAACGAGACAAAAAGCCGAAGUAGAAAGGGUGGCAGCCGGGCUGUCCUCCACCACCUGCACUCCGCCGUCCCCCCCCCCCCCCUCCGCAAGACCGAACCACCGCAGCCACCGGCUGAGGGCUGUGCUGCUUGCUUCAGAGGGUUUCUUUUACUUCAUUCAGAAUCUUUCUUCAGGGAGCAAGACAUGAAAUCACUAAUCGGCAUUGAUUACUUGUACAGCUGUCGUAAAUGAAUUUAUGAUGUUUAACCAGUUUUUAUAAACUUCAUCUAGGUCUCUCAGAAGGCAGACUUUUUAAUGCAUAUGUAAAUACGAAGCAGUCAUACCUCUGGCCUUGGUCCCUGGGGGAGGGAAGCUGUUAUCUCGCCAAGCCUGGUUGUAAUUUGUAACCAUUUUCUAUUUGUGCAAACUCUGUAAAUAUAUGUUUAAAAAAAUGUAAUAUUUUGUAUAAGAUACACUGGAGAACAAAGGGAACUCAAGAUUUUUCCACACCCACAUCAUCUGUGAGCAGAAGUUCCUUCUGCGGACUACAGCCGCCUACCUGGGCCAGGUCCUCAGGUGGCUUCCUGGGUGCUGGCUGGACAGGGUGACUGUGUGCUAUAGAUUGUGAUUGGGGCUUUUUUUUUUUUUUCUUUUUUUUUUUUCUUCCCUGUACAAAUUUGUUAAAAAAAAAAAAAAAGAAAAAAAAAACAUUGAAUUACCUUACAGUGGUGUGUUUUGAUUCUUUUUUAGACUGGCUUUAGCAUUGUGCGAUUUAAGAAAGUAACUUAAACUUCUAUAAACCUUGAAUCGUAUACACUGUACCUUUGAGUCCCUUUCUUCCGUGCUGAGAAGGGUUGGCAUGGGGAGUGAGGUGGUGAUUGUGUGCGGUGGCCUGGAGGGGCCUGUCUAAAGGACACCCAGGGCUUUUAGGACAUCGGUUAGCCAGAGAUUUCCAUCCAGCUUUUUCCUCUCCUUGCCCCACAAGGUGGCAGCCAAGCUUCCUCUGGCUUCCCCUCAGGAGUGUCUCAGAUAGCCAGGCCUGACUUUAAAGCACCGGUUUUCAGACGUCUUUGGGUGUUCUCAGUAGAUCUUUGCAGUUAUUUAAUGCAUUGCAGUGGUAGGAGCCAUAUCCCCCUACGUGGGGAGAGCUUUGAUCUACCAGCCCCUCCUCUUAGGGCAAAGGCAGGCCUAGGCCAGGCCCAUGGCUCGGGGCUUUCCCGCCCUUCAGGGGUCUCUGGAGAGCUGAGGCUGCCCAGAGCUCUUUCACACUGAAGUGAUCCUCCCAGGGAGAGGCUGUGGCCCCUCUCCCCGGCCGGGGGUAGUGAGUGGUUGGCGGCCUGUGCCCCUCCUCUGAGGAUCAGCUCCUGGGACCCCACCUCAAGGCAGGGAAGUAAAUGAAGUAAAAUCAUGGCAGUGUCCCCUGCUGGUACCGAGCUUGGCCCAAGGCCAGCUGUCAUGCGGUCUCUGCUGCCGCUAGUUCAAAGUCCCAGCAGUAGUUGGCUGUGACGUGGGCCAACUUGGGUCACGCCCAGUCUCCCUUUCUCUGUGCAGUUCUUCAUUCCUGGAACAGAAACUGGUGUGGAGGAGCCUUCAAGCUAGUUUGGGGACAGUCCCAAAGCCUGGUGUGCAGAUGUGGCCUUCAGCUUUGACUGGAGGGAACCACACGGUUGUGGUGCCUGGAGGUGGGCAGAGGGUGGUGGACGAACAGAGACCAAAGCCAGGGUGGUCCAGACAAGACGGGGGCUCCCGGGGGGACGGGUUGGGGUGACGAGUGAUGUGGCAGGAUCCCCUGAACAAGGCCUCCAGGAUGGGGGUGGGGGGAGGUGGGGCAACGGGGAUGAGGGGGUGGGCUGCUCAGGUCUUACAGCCUUAACCUUCAGGAAUGGGUCCGUUUAAGGAAGUUUUGGUUUAUUGGGAGGAAAAGUGCGUUUGGAAGGUGGGGAAGGGUAUGUACUCUUCGAAUAGACCCUUCUCAGAUUCGAGUUCUGAGAAAGGUGACUUUGGCCAUUUUGCUGGUAAUCUUGUUGCUCUUACAGAGGAGAGGAUUUAAGGAGGCCCUCGCUCCCUCAUUCUGGGCAUCGGCCCUCCGGACCAGAGUAUUUUAGACCCAUUCUUGGUCUUUAGACCUGUUUUUGUGUAAAGAUUCAUUUUUGAGAGAGUGAGUGCAAGCGGGGAAGGGGCAGAGAGAGAGGGAGACAGAUAAUCCAAAGCGGGCUCUGCACUGACAGCGAGCCUGAUGCGGAACUCGAACUCAAAAACCGUGAGAUCAUGACCUGAGCCGAAGUCAGACGCUCAGCUGACUGAGCCACCCAGGGGCCCCUAGACAUGUUCUUUGAGUUAACCGAGCCAUCCAGGGGACAGCUUAAGUAGGAGUUUGAAAGCUCAUGGUGCUGGAGGGAGACUGGAUAGCCCGCCAUGGGGUGUGGGGGAGGGAGGCUAGUUGUCACGAGGGGUGUUUAUUCCAGCUGCUGGCCCUCUGGCCCUCGGGGCCCUGCUAGGUGUGUCUGGUCCCAGUGGGGGUCAGUAUGGGUUCUGGGGUUACCGCUACACCUUGCGCGCCCUCACGCAUCCUGCUUAGCUGCCACAGGAGUGAUGGAGAGUUUACUGGCUCAGACGUCGUGCUGUUCAGCAGGGAAUACUUGGUCCUCGUGACACCCCAGUGAGGCGGGGACGGAGCCCGGACAUAGAUGGUGACUUGAGAAAGUGGUUUGCAGUGGGAGACUCAAAGCCAGGCUGUUGCCCCAAGCCACAGCUCCUCCGAAGCAACGCGAGGGUGGCUUGCGCUUUGUUCCACAUCCCCACCUAAAGGCUGCACUUGCUACAUCUUUGGCCCGCAGAAGAGUUUUGCAAGUUAGCAUGGGAAAACACCACGACAGGAGGUGCUCAAUCAUUUGGCUUAUAUGAGAAAUUAAAAUUUAAGAAACAUAAAGUCAGGAGUUACAUGCCGUAUCUAGGCCGGAAUGAACAUUUUGAAUCUUUGAUGACCCAAGAAGGAAAGAACUCUGGAAAAGGUCAUAUAUGGACCGAGAAUAGGAAAUUUGGAUUGUUUGUAGACCAGCAGUGUUUGAAAGAAAUACGGGAGCCACACAUGUAAUUUAAAGUUUUCCAGGAGCUCGAUAAAAGGGGCGGGGGGGGGGGGGGAAUAACCAGGUGAAAUUAAUUUUAAGUUUGUUUAACCCCACAUUUCAACAUGUAAUGCACAUUAGAAAUAUCAUUGCGAUUUUACAGUAUUUUCAUACUAAGUGUUUGGAAUCCCGUGUGUAUAUUUUACACUUCUGGCCUGUCUUUUCGGACUAACCACAACUCAGGUGCUCCGUAGCCACAGGAGGCUGCAGCGUCAGGUCCUGGACCAUCCCAUCGAUCACCAUCACGCCACUAUUAACAGCCUCAUGUUCGUCCUUUGCAAAACGUUCUAGGUUCUUUUGCACAUUUAUUGUUCCAGAUGAACUUCAGAAUGAUUUUUUUGGGGAGGCAAUCAUGGCGAACGUUUUACUGACAUUUGGGAAAAAAAUGCAUGUUGCUGGUUUGUUACAAAGUUUUAUGUGAUAAUAUAUUAAAUCAAGCUUGUAAAUUA